AUGCUCUCUACAAAAAACCCUUCGAAUGCGAACAAUGGCCCCUCUUCCAAUGAGGAGAGAGACCAAUUGGAUCGAUCUAAUAAGAAACCUAAGAGAAAAAUAACACAGUACACCUUUGGUACACCUGCUGUUAAUGAUGAGGAAAUGAUUGAAGUAAAUGCUGAAGGUCAUAAGGAGUCCAUGGUCAAUCCUUUGGAGAAGCAGGCAAAGGCUAAUCCAUCUGAAGGUGCUAUGUCUUUUAGAGACAUGUUGAAAGGGGAUUCUUCUAAUGGCAAUAUCAAUAACUUCGAUGGUAUAAUUGAUAUUGAUGAGGAAGAUGAGAAUCUGGAAUCUGACGAUGAAGAAAUUCCUGAAGAAAUUUUGAAGGAUGAUAGGUGCCCUGUUAUCAGCCUUUCAAAGGAAGAGAAAGCAAGGCUAAGAAAGCCAUGGAAAACUUCACUCAUUUUGAAACUUUUUAGUGGAAAAAUAGGAUACAUGGGGCUAAUAAGACGGCUGAAAAAGAAAUGGAACAUUAGGGGGGAACUAGCUUUGACUGACAUUGGGUGCGAUUAUUACAUUGCAAGGUUUACAAAUAAGGCUGAUUACAAUUAUGUUCUUAGUCAAGGUCCGUGGCUCUUGGAUGAUAACUACCUUACAAUUCGUAAGUGGAUUCCUAAUUUCAUCCCUGAUGAAGCACCAAUCAAAAUUCUCACUGCUUGGGUGCGUAUUCCGAAUUUACUAGUUGAAUAUUUUGAUAUUAAUUUUCUAAACAAAGUUGGCUCAAAAAUUGGGAAGGUGCUAAGAGUGGAUAAAACUACAGCACAAGCAGAAAGAGGGCAAUUCACGAGAAUCAGUGUGGAAAUUGACCUUACAAAGCCCCUUCUUUCUAUGUUCUGGUUAAAAGGAAGAAUUUGGAGGGUGCAAUAUGAGGGGAUCCGAAUGAUUUGUUUUAAAUGUGGGAAGCUUGGGCAUGCUGAAGAUGAUUGCUCUGUUUUUCAGAAGGAAGAUCAACCACAAGCCAUGACUGUACAUGAGAACCCCUUGCAUAACCAUAAUCCUAGACUGGAAGAAACUGAAGACUUUGGUUCAUGGAUGAUGGUGAAAAAACCGACCCGGAAAAAGAAUCCACGGGUGGAAAAAAAUCCGAAUAAUGUUACCAAGUCCAACUCGGGUGGAGUCCAAAUUUUGGAAAAGAACCAAAAGUCUGCUUUGGAACAGAAUAAGUCAAACAAAGGGAUUGCAAAAAAUAAGGGAUUGGGAUCAAGAUUUGCUCUUUUGAAUAAUCAGUUAGAAGAAGAAGGGGAUGUUAACAAGGAGAUAAAUAUGGAAAAUGAAGAUAUGGAAGAAUCUCCUCAAGAUAAUUUUGGAAAUAUCUUUGAGACGAUCAAUCUUAGUGAAAAAUCUCAGAAUAUUUUAGCUAAGGAGAAUAUUACUCCUAGAUUCAAGCUUAAUUAUUCUGCCUCGACCCCCUCUCAAGCUAAAAAUAAGAAGAAUAUUUCCAAAACUUAUCAAGAAAAAAAGAAAAAUCUUGUGCACAAAAGUGUCAACGCACCUCUUAAGGAAAUUAAUGAUAAUACUGAUAUUAUCAUUAACAAAGGGGUAAGUCAAUCACAUGCUGGAAAAGAAAAUUCCAUUCAUGCCCUUGAAGCUAACUCAAUUUCCAUCAAUCAAGCUAUCCCUAAGGAAAACACAAGCAGCAUUGUAAGCGAGCAGGAGCAUAGUCCAUUUGUGGAAGGAGGAGAAGCCAUCACUCAUGUCUCAGAUUCCCUCAUCAAUCAACCUAUUGGUUCCUACAGACAAGAUACUAUGUGUGGGUCACUCGAUGGAGGAUCCAUACAUGGUAAAUUUGAACCUCCUGAUUCAUGUUUUGGAAGUGGAGUUAGACUCAAUGCUACCACCAACCACAGUCCCAAAGGAGUUGGUGGCAACCAUGAAAAUCCCCAAUGA